AUGGUCAAGCGCAAGGUUGGAGCGCUCGAAAAGGUCGAUGCAGACCUGCCAAACCUGCAGUACAAGGUCCGCAGAGACCCAGCAUCAUACAAGGAUGACUUCAACAACCAGUACAGCCAGUACCAGGCUUUCCUACAGCUCUUCAUGCAGGCUCCCAGCUCGACCGAUUCCCAGGGUCUGGUCAGUCUCCGCGAGUUGAUCGACUUUGUUGCACACUGCGCCGACUGCUAUCCUAAACUCACUGCCGACUUUCCCACCGAUCUCAUGGCCUUGCUGCGUCUGCACCACGCCGAACUGGAGCCCGAACUGCGUGACAAGGUCGUAGGCAGUCUGGUUCUGUUGCGCAAGAAGGACAUCAUCGACUCUGCAGUUCUGCUCAACGCUCUGUUCCCUCUACUAGUCGACACGGCUAGUAAAGCCCUCCGUACUCUCUUGUUCACAAAGAUCAUCUCCGACCUCCGUACCUCCAACUCAAAGUCCACCAACCACAAACUCAAUCGUACCAUCCAGACUGUUCUCUACAAUUUGCUCACUUCCGAUCCCACUUCUGCCAAGGGUGUCUGGGCUGUGCGCAUCACUCGAGAGAUGUGGGCUAGACAGAUCUGGACAGAUGCCAAGGCCGUCGAGAUCAUGAAGGAGGCCGCCCUCUCACAACACGAAAAGGUCGUUACCGGAGGUGUCCAUUUCUUCCUGGGUGGUGACAAGGAGCGUGAGGAGAAGGCAGAGGAUGACAGCGACGAUGAAGAGAACAUUGACAUGGGAAAGCUGCGCCACCAGGCUGGUAUCAACAAGAAGACUAAGAAAAAGGCCAAUGAGCUCAGGAGAGCCGCCGCCACAGUCAAGCGCAAGGAGAAGAAGAAGAAGGCCCCGCAUCCCCUCAAUUUCUCCGCUCUGCAUCUCCUUCACGACCCUCAAGGCUUUGCCGAGAGAUUGUUCCACCAGCAUCUCAACACCCAGACCCCCAAGGCCAAACUCAAGCUCGACCAGAAGCUGGUCGUCCUGCAGCUCGUCUCUCGCCUCGUCGGUCUGCACACGCUGACUCUGAUUCCCCUCUACUCUUACUUCAUCAAGUACCUCACACCCAAACAGCCCCAGGUCACUUCUUUCCUAGCAUCGCUUGCUCAAUCUACCCACAACCUGGUUCCCCCGGACGCCCUCGAGCCCCUGGUCCAGAAGAUCGCUAACGAGUUCGUUUCCGAAGCCGCUGCUUCUGAGGUCGCGUCGGCGGGUCUGAACGCAAUCCGAGAGGUUUGUGUUAGGCAACCCCUCGCUAUGAACGAGACUCUCCUUCAAGAUCUUGUUGAAUACAGAAAGAGCAAGGACAAGGGUGUCAUGAUGGCCGCCAAGGGUCUUCUGAGUCUGUACCGUGAGGUUGGCCCAGAGUUGCUGCGCAGAAGGGACAGAGGCAAGGAUGCCUCGAUAGGCAUACAAAAGGGUACUCUGAAGGACCGAAAGUUCGGACAAGUUGAAGCAGGUGGUAUCGAGGGUCUGGAACUCCUCGAAGAAUGGAAGGCAGAAGAGAGGAGGAAACGACGCAUCGAAAAGGGCCUUGACCCUGAUGCUUCGGACGCAGAUGAUGACGAUGAGGAAGAGGACGAAGAAGCAGGCUGGAGCAAAUUUGAUCUCGAAGAGGACGAUGAUUCAGAUGAAGAAGGCUGGAUCAAUGUUGAAAGCGAUGGCGAAGACAUCAACAUCAGCGACAGUGAGGACGAAGACAAGAAACCAAAAGCGAAGAAGCAGAAGACGGAUGUGGAUGCGCCCAAGACGACCGAGGAUACACCAAAGGACCCUAUUGCCGAGUUCUCCAAACUCGCUACGACACGGAUUCUUACACCCGCAGAUCUUGCAAAACUACAAGAGCUACGAACGAGUGCAGCUGUGUCCAAACACAUGCCCUCGCAAAAACGUCAGCAGCAGACUUCAGGACGUCACGCCGACGACCCCCUCACAGCUGCGGAGAUUGAAGGUCUUGCGUCGCUUUCUUCGCGUACGACCAAAGAGGAGAAGAUUGCACUGGCGAAGGGAGAUCGUGACGAGAAACACCAGUCUACCACGGCCAAGCGCAAGGAGAAGAAGGAAGCUGAGGGCAAGAGUACGACCAACAAGGAGAAGGCUCGCAAGAAGAACUUCCUCAUGACUCUAGGAAAAGCCAAGAGAAAGGGCAAGAGAAGUUUGGUCGAUCAACGAAAGAUUUUGAGAGGUCAUAUUGACCGGCAAAAGCGUGGUGGCAAGCGUGGAAACGCAGGAUAG